UUCGAACAACCCUGUCGAAUUGUAUUGUGGGAUACCUGUCAUGGCGGCGUCCUUAGCGGAGUGGGGUGGAUUUUAUGGAUUAUUUGACAUCUGUUUAAAGCUAUCGUCCAACCUUUCAGAAUGACAUGAGUAGAAAAUUCAACUGUACAAGAGAUGAUUCGUAUGACCUCUCUGAUCAUAAGGGCAAGCCUGAUUAUCCACCGUGACCCCGGACUUCUUCCGAAGUACUUUCCAUGUCACACUCUUAAAUCAACUUGGACCCCAACGUCACAACUGACUUACCAACAUGCCAGGUUAUUUGCCUCUAAGAAGGUCAAAGGCCCUGGCAAAGAUCAGAAAGCCAAACAGAAACAGGUGAAACAAGAGGUGGAGGUAAAGGAGGGGAUGACCGUGUCUGCUCUUGCACAUGCUAUGAACAAAGACUUUGAUCACAUCAUUGAGACCUUACUGGACACUUCAGCUGAUGUGGACUCCCUUGAGCCUCACUCUAUUUUAGAGGGGAAAUGGAUCAAAGAGAUUGUGAAUAAAUCUGGAAUGAAGUACAAGUGGGCCAAACUAGUGGAGACCAAACAGAGAGAAAACAAAGAUAUUCAGAAAAGACCGCCCCCGGAUCAUGCAAAUCUGGUAUCACGUCCUCCUAUAGUGACAAUCAUGGGCCAUGUAGACCAUGGGAAGACGACUUUGCUAGACAGCCUCCGGAAGACCCAAGUAGCCGCCAUGGAGGCGGGUGGCAUUACCCAGCACAUAGGGGCCUUCCUGGUUCAGCUUCCUUCAGGGGAGAAAAUCACCUUCCUGGACACCCCAGGGCACGCUGCCUUUUCGGCCAUGCGGGCCAGGGGAGCUCUCGCCACAGACAUCGUCAUCCUGGUUGUUGCUGCCGACGAUGGUGUGAUGAAGCAGACCAUAGAAUCUAUCCAGCAUGCCAAACAUGCUAAAGUGCCAAUCAUUGUAGCGGUGAACAAGUGUGACAAGCCUCAGGCCGACCCUGAGCGUGUGAAGCAGGAGCUGCUGUCCUAUGAUGUGGUGUGUGAGGAGUAUGGUGGAGAAGUCCAGGCCAUCCAUGUGUCUGCUUUGAAGGGAGACAACCUGAUAGAGUUGGCUGAAGCUACAGUGACGCUGGCUGAGGUUAUGGAACUGAAGGAUGACCCUACAGGACCCGUGGAGGGUAUCAUCAUUGAGAGCCGUACAGACAAGGGCAAGGGGCCCGUUACCACAGCCAUUGUGCAGCGAGGUACACUGAGAAAAGGCUGCACACUGGUGGCAGGAAAGUCUUGGGCCAAGGUUCGUUUCUUGUUCGACGAGAACAACCGCACCAUCGCUGAAGCUCGCCCAAGUGACGCAGUUGAGAUUGUGGGAUGGAAGGAGCUCCCCUCUGCAGGAGAAGAGAUCCAGGAGGUGGAAUCAGAGCAAAGAGCACGGGAAGUGGUGGACUGGCGUUGUUACAUGGAGGAGCAGGAUAAACUGAAAAACGCCAUCCCUAUCAUUGAAGCUAAACAGCGAGAGCACCAAGAAAGCUACAGGAAGGAGCGAGAGGGUCUCACCCACCUCACCUGGAGGCAGAGGAAGUCUCUCCUGUACCGAACAAACAGGAAGAAAUUAGCGAUGAGACCGAGUGAGAAGCUGGAGUCCGAAGUGCUUUCCUUACCAGUCAUAGUUAAAGGUGAUGUGGAUGGUUCGGUGGAGGCAAUCCUUAACAUCAUGGAGACCUACGAUGCAUAUGACCAGUGUCAAAUGGAGGUUGUUCACUUCGGAAUAGGAGAUAUCUCUGAGAAUGACAUCAACCUGGCUGAAACCUUCUCAGGGAUGAUAUAUGGCUUCAAUGUUGGUGUGAACAAGUCUAUCCAACAAAUGGCAAAUAAGAAAAGCAUCCCCAUCAAGCUGCACAAGGUUAUCUACAAACUCAUUGAUGACCUAAAGGAGGAGUUGAGCAAUAAACUCCCUCCUAAGGUGAAGGAGAAUGUGAUUGGAGAAGCAUCUGUCCUGGCCAUGUUUGAUGUGACUGUGGGGAAAAAAAAGGUUCAGGUGGCUGGCUGUCGGGUUCAGAAAGGUCAGCUCGACAGGAAGAUGAAGUUUCGACUGUUGCGUGGUCAAGAUGUCAUCUGGGAAGGUUCCUUAACGGCACUAAAGCACCAUAAAGAUGACGUCCAGUCGGUCAGAACUGGGAUGGAAUGCGGCCUCUCGGUGGACCAGGAUAUUGCAGUCAGACCUGGAGAUGCAAUUGUGUGCUAUGAGGAGACAGACAUUCCACAAACUAUCUCAUGGGAUCCUGGAUUCUGAGACAUUUACCACUGAUAUUUGGACAUACCGUGUCAGAAAUCAAAUACUACACAGAAUUUGAUGGUAUUUGAUUAUGUGAAACUGUGGAAGGGGAUGUAUAAUAAAAUAUUUACCUUGA